AUGAGCCGCCCCAGCUUCUCGUCGUUGCGGCCACCGUCUCAGCUGGCGGUACCCGACUUAUUGCUCGACUUUCCUACACCGCCCUCGUACAUCCCGCCCUCUCCGUCGGGAAACCCACCCCCGUCGUUGCCCCCCAGUGGACCCUUGCCGCCUGUUCCCGGCCCGUCGCCUAUCAGCCAGCAGGACCUAAGCGUUAUCCAACGUUCCCGAAUAUCCAUUGGCUCAUUCACUUCUCGUCGGUCCGCCUCUCCCAAUGGGUCCGUACACACUUUCGGGAACCCCCACCAUCAUGGUCGCAAGGACUCCCAGUCCUCGAUGCGCUCAUACGCUUCGAGCGCUUCCCUCGCCGUUCCCGGCAGCAUUGCUCGACCUCCACUCCGCUCGCCUCGCUCACCACACUCGCCACGCGCUGAGGCAAUUAGCGAAGGCGACGAGGACAGCUCCAGCAUCGCGCACACAUCUCUCGCAGACAUCCCACGAUUGACACCUUCGCCCCUCCCUCCUCCGACCAACGACGAACUUGCGAAUGUCGACAUGCAUGAUCUUCCUUCCGAUGACGACGACGACGGACCCCUAGACCCGCGUGCUUUGCACAUGCAGAUGCGCGCGGCUCGCUCGAAGAGUACGACGCACAAGAGUCGACUCGGUACCAUGGAUACGCCGCGGAGUCGGCGCCCAUCUUCCCCUACUCGCGCGGCGAGUCCGGAUGUCGCGACCAUGAUCGCUACAACACCUCGACCUCGCCGACCGUCAUCCCCGAGCUCGUCGCGCCCGCGAAGCCGGGUGCGCUCCGCCGGAAGCACACUCUCCAGUUCAUCCUCCGGCGGGCGCGGGCGCUACGCGAGCUCCACCUUCUCGCACAGCAGUCUGCCGUACGCCGCUUCUGUGGCAUCAACAUCUCGCGCCGGCACGGAGGACUGGAAUGAAGACAGUUUCAUCGACGACUACGGAACUGUGAUCUCCGGUGGACAUGGGCUUGGUACCCUCGACGAUGCCAGUAAUUACGACGAAGCUGAGGCUACCGAACGUGUUGGUACCGAGGAAGACGGUGGAGACGACUCGGACUCAAGCCUCGAUUUACAUACGCCAUUACCGAACCUGAUGCUGCGACACGGCAUGCUCUCCCCGAACUCGAAGCUGCUUGUCGGUGCCUCGCGGGCAGGAACGCCAGCGGACAGACCGGGUAGCACCCUCAGUGUGAAUUCAGCGAUGACCAAAUCUGGUCACUAUCGCGAUGACCGCGACACGCUACAGCGACGGGUACGACACCGCGACGGCAAGCUUCUGCGUGCCGGUAUGGGUUUGACAACGGGUCUAGGCUGGAGCGACAGUGAAGACGAAGAUGCGCCAUCUGCGCUCACACGCCGAUUGUCAAACCUUGCUUUAGCGCGCCAGAACUCAACCCGCUCACUCGGCAGCUCCACGUCCCGUACACCUUCGCGACCCUCCCGCCUUACUCGUUCGGUUUCCUCAGACGCUCAAGCCAUGCCCACGCGUUCGCGUACGAAGUCGCGGCCUUCUGCGCCCCCUUCCUCCUACGCAAAGCCGCCGAUCUCUGCCCCACCCCUUCCUUCAUCGUCCAGCUCUCAAUCAUUGCGACCUUCGGAUGCCGGGCGCACGCGCUCGCUCGGGGAUGAGCCAUCCUUAGAUCUUGAUGACGACGAAGGCGCCAGCACGAGUACAGGCAGUACCAGUCUGCGUACACCCGAUGGGUUCGAGUUAGGAUAUCCACCGCCCCGUACACGCCCAUGGGACCGCGAGAAGAGCCUUCCACCGCUUCCGCGUUCGUUGUCUCGCGGACCCAGCGUGUUGUCGCGUCAGCCGAGUACUGCAAGUACCACAGCACCCAGUCUUCGGCGUCAACCGAGUUCUAAAGGGUUGCGCUCCGAUGUUGCCUCCGCCGCUACACAGAUUGGUCAGCCAGCGUCGGGGACACCAGCACUCACGCGUAAACCCAGUGCCAAGAGCGUGCGCCCUCAGCCAAGCACAAAGAGUCUCGUACCCAAACCCAGCACGGGCUCGUUACGCCACAAGUCGAGCGCAAAGAGUUUGCGUCAACCCAGCAAGUAUCCGGAUACGCCGUUGGACACAAGCAGGACUACUCCAGCCGUGUCAUACACUGCAAGCGCUCCCGUUUCGCCUUACUCAAACGCAUCUACUUCGUCCUAUGCAAGCAGUCCGGCCUCGCAGUAUGCUCGCCGCGCCUCAGAACCGGAUGAACGCAUCGCGACACAACCCACCACGCCUCGUACGCCACGCCCAUUGUUGACUGCCAGUCUGAGCAGCCCAAAUAUCCUUGCGGACUUGCAAGCUCAACCUGUUCCUCCUCUGCCACCCAAGGCGACAUCGAUAGUAGGCGGAUACCACCGACCUGGGCGCAUCUCUGGCCUACCUCGUACAACGUCACAACCCACUCUCGCCGACGGCGAGAAGCCGCGCCCCAGGACAGGCACUGGCAUGGUAUACCGGAAGAGCUCGGGUACUAGUCGUAUGCCGACGCGCCCGCCGCCGCCUGCCAAUGCUCUGGGCUACUCUGGUCCUGUCAUGAUAUGA